AUGCAAUAUCAUAUUGACGUUCAGAAAGUACAGCGUAUAUCAGACACAUCCGUCGAGAUCUUAUUGUUAGUCUCUUCUCAAUACUCCCACCGGACUCAGUUACACAUGUUUUUAUCGCCCAACUCAUCGCUUCUGAGUUUUUUUGAUGUGCUUCAGUCCCAGUUGAUCAAAAACAAUUUGAUCGCAACUAACAAUGUUAUUCAAUACAAACAGUUUGGACCACCACUCCAAACCCCACUCUUCACUUUAUUAGAGCAAUUCACAUCUAUUGAUAUCAUGUCCGAAGAUAAGUACCUCCUUUCCGAAAAAAAGGAAGUCAAGCAUCAAGAAAAGGAAACCCUACAAAAGGAUUAUAAUGUCUCGUGCCACAGAUGCAAAACGCGAAGGUCCGAGUGCUACAAAUGCACAAAAAACUCAAGACACAAAUUCUGCGAGAAUUGUAUCCUGAAGUAUAUGUCUCUCGAAACUUUCGCUCAAGACGGCUGCCCCGUGUGUAGAAACCAAUGUCAAUGCGCCUCAUGUAAAAGAAGAGAGCUAAAGAAACUUGGUAUCGAAGCAGCAACACCAAAGCGGUAA